ACCUUCAGCAAACACCCAGAGACGCUCUUCAUCAUGUCUGUGUCCCUGCGCGCUCACGUCUUCCUCUUCCUCUUCUCCCUCUCUUCACGGACGGGACUCAGCCGAUAUAUCGAGGACAUCGAGACUUCAGACGGAUUAUUUUCUCUGCUCUCUUUGGACCAGAAGAGAGAAUCAGAGGACUUUAUUUUCCGCAGACCUCUCAGAUGUUUGGACAUGUUGGCCACCGACGGCCAGUUCACUUUCGUGGCGUCUAAACCAGAGCUGGCCUGUGCCACUUUCAUCAUCGCCGAGCCCAGUGAGGUCAUCAACCUGGAGCUCUCUGACGUCAGCAUCGACUGCAGCGCCGGAGACUUUAUCAAGAUGUUUGAUGGUUGGGUUCUGAAAGGAGAGAAGUUCCCCAGCAGGCAGGACCACCAACUCCCUAUGCACCAGCGUUACACAGACUACUGCUCGUCCGCGGGUGCAGGAGCCAGCAGCCGCUCCUCGCAGAAUGUCGCCAUGGUCUUCUUUCGCCUCCACAACCCUGACAGCAGCUUCACCCUCACUGUCAAAAAGUUACACAACCCUUUCCCCUGUAACAUCAUGUCUCAGAAUCCAGAGGGCAGCUUCACCAUGGUGAUGCCACACCAGCGCAGGAACUGCAGCUUCUCCAUCAUCUAUCCUGUGGAGAUCCGCCUGGUGGAGCUGAGCCUGGGGCAGGCCAAAAGCAAUGAGCUCAGUCCACAGAGGCAGGUGUGGACGGGCUGUUCAGGUUCAGGAGACUAUGUGGAGCUGCUGGGGGGGAACGGGGUGGACACCUCAAAGAUGUUCCCUGUAGCUGAUCUCUGUUUCUCUCUCGACGGGCUCGCUCAGAUGAAGAUUGGUUGUGACAACUCGGUGGUGAGGCUGGUGUCCAGUGGGAACUAUAUCAACCAUGUCUCCUUCCAGUACCGACUACUGGAACAACACGAGCUGCCCAAGACCCCCGACAACAGUCUGAAUAACUUCUGCACUGUGGAAUGAAAUCACACUCAUGUACAAAACCACACCUGUUACCAAGCAAACUACACAAUCACACAACAUCCAUCUGGCUGUAAAUACACCCGUUGGACAACCACCUUUGUUAAAUAUUUUGUAUUGUUUUUGCCAAAUGUUUUAUUUAGCAUUCUUAUUAUUUCAACUUUGAUCGGAGCGUAUUUAUGUGAGGACCUUUUUAAACUCAUCACAGUUAUAUUGAUGAGAAUGGAUUUAAUUGUUUUCUUUUUUAGACGUUUGUCAAGAAAAUCUGUGAUACAUUAUUUUUUCUUGGCAGGAGCAUUAACUUUAAAUCCUCUGUCUACUGAUCGUGGUUUAUAUCAAGAGAUUUUACGCAUCUGCUAUUACUUGUGUUUAUGCCCUGACAGUUUCAAAAUAAAUAUGAAUUGCAUGAUAAAGCACCUUUUUUAA